AUGGAAAGUAAUGUAAAUAGUAAAGAAUUAUUAGUAGAACCAAGUUGCACAACAGUAUUCGAAUGUGAAUCACUAUCAAUUAUGAGUGUUCUCUAUUCAAUUGUAAAAUCAAUAGAUACAGAUGUUUUGCCGUUAUCGUCAAUGGAUGAUGAAGUAAAUGCACCACGGAUGGAUUCGUUGAGCCCGUUAACCAUACCGAUGACGACAGCAAAAGAUUCGAAUGAAAACAUACACAGUAGUGGCAUUACAAUUACUGAGGAAUCAUUAUUAAGCUCCUCGUGUGAGGAUGCAAAAAUACGAUAUAUUUGUAGAAAGAUUUUGCUGUCUAAUUCGGUCAUCAUGGCCCUUACGGACAUUAAUACAUUAACAACACACAGUGGUGGUGGCAAUCGGAAAGUAGCUAUUCGUUCAUUAUUGGAUGAAGGUUUAUUGCUAGAAGAUUUUUAUUUGGCACGGCGUAAUGCAACAACAACAAAUACAGCAACUCUUAAAUGUUACGCAAAAGCAUUCCCUAUGAAUAACUCGAUAACAGCUAAAACAAAAUUUAUAGAUUCAUUAUCUAAAUACAAUGUGCGUUGGAGUGAAUAUAUAUUAUCCUUUAAUCAUGGUCAAAUAAUUGAGAUUGAUUCAAUGUCACUAUCAGAAAAAGCGAAAGAAUUAUUCCAAGCAAACGAUUAUUACAAACAAUAUGUUCGUUAUGAUGUACAUCAAAUUCUUCUGCCAUUGCAAGAACAUAAAACAAAUCUUUCUUCGAGGACUACGGACACAUUUCAUACGGUAGCAAAAAAAUCAACGAAAAAACGAAGAUUAAGUGUUACAACAGAUGAAACUAAUGCUGUUGGUGAUAUAAAUUUGUCGAAAAAACCUCGGCCAUUUUUGGCUGUUGUUCAUAUAAUGGAUUGGGAUAAACAGUUGUCCGUCAACGUUACUGAUAUUGAAAAUGUUUAUAUUUUAUUGAUAAGAAGAAUGACUAUCAAGGAAAUUUCCAUACUGUCGACGCUGGAUGAUAUUUUGCGAAGUGAAUUACCACAAAAACAAUCGCAUUUAAGAAGAAUACUGAGUUCCUCUGAGAAUACAAACUAUACCGAACGUGAUGUCAGUUUUAUGUUAUCAAUGUUAAACGAUAUACCGCAGUCUAAAUUUGUAUCAUCGGCUGCAAUCAAAGAGAACGAAAUCAUAUAUUUUGGUGGUAGUGCAGCAUUUCAUUUCAAUCUGUUUACGUCGUUUACAUCAAAUCUAAUUUUUUGUCAUUCGCCAUUCAAUGGUUUUACUAAUGCAUAUAACCGUACAAUUGAACUAAUUCAAAAACAUGAUUCAAAUCAACAAAUAUCAGUGAAAGACCGUCGUUUAGAUCCAAAAUUAUUCCAGAAUACAUGGUUGAUGUUUGAAUUAUGUCGAUUUCAGUUCAUGGUGACCGAUGAAUGUUUUUGUGAAAUACCUUCAUGUUACGAAGGCCAAAGUCGUAAUGUGUUUUUGAGUGUAAACAAUGAACGUUUAUAUUCACUAUUUGUUAGUUUUUGGACACACCACGAAACCAUUCCUUUUAAAAAGUGUAAAUCAGAAAAUUGUUUGAAAGUCUUUCUGACCGACGGACACCAAAAACCUGAUAGAAAAGUGUGCUCCUUUGACAAUGUAUGCGAUAUUACCAUACCGGAGUUGGGACCAAUUCUCAUUGGUUGUCCACACACGCCUAUACGAGAAAACGGAAGCGGUGAUAAAUUUUAUUGCGAUCAACAUCAACCGGAAUUGUUACAGGAACUUCAACAACAACAAUAUACAAUUAAGAAAGAAGCUUUGUCAAAAACUCAAAUAGACAAUGAAAUCAUUGAAAAAUCAUACAAUCCAUGUAAUGUUUAUCGUGACGAAAUGCAAGAAACGAAGAGAACAAGUUUUGGAUUUUUGGCAACAUUUCUUAGUUGCGGUGUAAUUGUGGGUUUUGAUGAGUCGUAUCGAGCGGAGGGUAUGAGAAGAGUUAUUCGCCAUCUAAUUUGUAUUUUAGGUAGAGGCAAGUUACCACCAGCUAUGCUUUACGAUACAGCAUGCACUCUCCGAUUGUUUAUCGACAAAUGGUUCAAUACCGAAUAUUUAUCGAACACAGAAAAUGCAGAAUUUCUGAAAACAAUGUCACUUGCGAUUGAUCGUUUCCAUCAGCCGAAUCAUACAAGGAAAAUGUGUCGAAAUGAAAUGAAUUGUGAUCAUCAAACACAUAAUGGACUAUUUAAAAAUGUCGACACACAAAUAUGUGAAAGAAUGUUCUCGUAUUUCACCAAUUUUAAACAUGCAUUUCGUUCUUACAAUUUUCCGAAAAGUGCCACGUUUUAUUUAAUUUUAUUCCAUCUUAAGAAUUGCGAUACAGUUGGAAUCAAUCCCAAUCAUCAACGGCUCGGUAUGCUGGUCAUUCCGAAUAAAUAUCGCGUAACCAGAUGA